GUCAGGCAUGUACCAGGUAUUAGUUACUUUAGAUCAAACUGGAUACAACCAUGCCAUCUUCUACUCUUCCAUUCUUCUACUCUUCCAUUCUUCCAAUCUUCUAUUACAUUCAAGCUGCCACCUUUUUAGGAGAAACAUAAUUGUUACAGCUACAGCUACAGCUUAAAUGGAUGAUUAGAGCCACCUCAAUCCGUCUCCUCACCACCCCCACCAUUCGCGCAAUGUCCUCAACACCAAAGGAAAUCACGAUUAUAGGUGGAGGGAUCAUCGGCUGUACCACUGCCUACUAUCUAACCCGACAUCCCUCCUACUCACCCGAAACCCAUCGGAUAACCCUCCUCGAAGCCUCCUCGACCAGUGCUGGUGGGCGUACCCCGGACAGCAUCCAGGACCCUGCCACCCUAGCCGACCCCGCCACCGUCUCCAAGAAAAACCCCGCCCACGAUGGCAUCGCUGGUGCCGCAAGUGGUAAGGCAGGCGGCCUGCUCGCGAAAUGGGCUUUCCCACAGAAUAUCGCCCCCUUAAGCUUCCAAUUGCAUGCGGAAUUGGCGAAAGAGCACGACGGGGAUAGGAGAUGGGGAUACAGACGCUGUAAUGCGAGCCAGGUUGAAUUGCGAGGACGUUUAUCGCCUGAAUCCGGCAGUGCCAUGGCAGGCGACGCCGAACCUGUCGGCAGCGGUGCGGAGAAAGGCACAAAGGGCCUUCACAAAGAUCACAGAAAGAAUGCCAAAGCUCUCCAGAAAAUAGGCGCCCCCGAAGAUCUCGACUGGGUAGACACCGACGAGGCGCUGGCUGACUACGAUGAAAUCGGCAACACGGAUAACACAGCGCAAGUGCACCCCGAGCUAUUCACCAGAAGCAUGGCGCAGCUAGCGGAGGAUAAAGGCGUGCGGAUCGUAACAGGCGCCAAAGUGACUUCAAUCACCAGGUCCAAAGACAACAAGGGCGUGGAAAGCGUCACGUAUGAGAAGGACGGGCACGAGGAAACCCUGCCCGCAACAACCUGUGUAGUGGCCGCGGGCCCCUGGACGCGCCUCGUGCUACCCGAAAUACCCGUCACCGCCGCCCGCGCGCAUAGCGUCGUCAUCCAGACGCCGCGCCCGGUAUCCGCAUACGCCCUCUUCACCUCCAUUAAGCUGCCCGUCGGUUUCCCUGCGCCGACGCCCGAGCGAUCCCGGGGAACCUCCUCGGCAGCAGCGCAAAAGCUCCGGGGACCACAAAUCGUCGACCCCGAGAUCUACGCGCGGCCCGACGGAACCGCGUACGCCUGCGGACCCACCGACAACGUCGUCGCCCUGCCACCGCUCAGCGCCGACGUGGAAGUCGACACGGGGCGAUGCGCGGACAUUGAGCGGCAGGUCGGCUCGAUCAGCGACGAGCUGGGGAGGGAUGGGAAGGUGCUCGCGAGACAGGCGUGUUAUCUGCCGCAGGGUGGGCCGUGGAUAGGUCAGGUGGGGGACACGAAGGGGUUGAUUGUCGCGGCGGGGCAUACGUGCUGGGGUAUACAGAAUGCGCCGGCGACGGGAAAGCUGGUUAGUGAGAUUGUUUAUGAUGGGGGGGUCAAGAGUGCGAGGUUGGGGGGUUGUGAUCCGAAGUUGGUGGUGUGAGCGAAGCUGCAUGCCUACUACUUAAUCGAUCUAGCCAAAAGAGUAAAAUAUUGUCACAAACGUUGGUGG